AUGUCUCUUUCAGUUCCUGACUGGCUUGAAAAGUACUCAGGCCCAAAAAACGAGCCUUCCCGCACCUCAAGAGAAGAGGUAUUCAAAUUGCUUCAAGAAGGUGAUGAGACGCUCAUUCUCGACUUGAGAAACGACAGAGAACCGGGCUACAUCACCCACUCCAUCCACAUUCCAGCUACGGAAAUCUGUGGGUACGAAGAGAUCAAGGAGAAGGUCUUGGUGCCAAUUGCACAACAAUUCCCCAAAACCAGGCUCAUUGUAGUCCACUGCAACAGUUCGGGCAGAAGAGCCAGCAAAGUCGGAGGUUGGCUUGAAGACUACUCGAGAGAGCACAACACUGCCGUUAAGGUCACCAUUUUGCAUGAAGGAAUCAAAGGAUGGCUAGCCGCUGGGGCUCCCUUUGACUCUCUUGUGACGAAGGUUUAA